CAAUUUAUGCGGCUGGAGGCAAUAUUUACGCGCUUCUUUAGAUGGCGCUCUUUCCGAAGUUUUAAGUCAGCUCUAUGGUACCGACAUCAACAACAACAAAGAGAGCAGUGGACGGACGCAUAGAAGUGACGUCACCAAUUGAAUGUGUUGAAAGAAGAAGCUAGUAGCUACAGGAACCGGGGCAGAUAAUGGGGAAGAAACACAAAAAGCACAAGGGGGAAAAGUACGGAUAUGAGGGGAAGGGGGAAGUGCGAGAUUAUAUAGAAAAACCUCUAAAAUUGGUUCUGAAAGUUGGUACUGGUGAGGUGAAAGAGCUGUCAACAGCCCGUGCUACUGCUCUCCCGCAGAUCUUUCACGAGGACAAGUCAGACCAUGACAAGCACAAGGACAAGAAAAAAAAGAAAAAGAAGAAAGCUGAAAAGGUAGUGGCACCCAGUGAGGAAAAAGAAAAAAAGAAGAAAAAGGAUGAAAAAAAGAAGAAAGACAAAAAUCAGCAAGGAAGUGCAGCAGAUAAAGAAGGCAAGAUCCAUUUGUCCAUGGGGGGUGACAUACCAGCUGUAACUUUGCCAGAAUCCUCCCUAACUAGACCAGAAGAAGCGCAAACACCACUUCAAGAAGCCUUGAAUCAGCUGGUUCGUCAACUGCAAAGAAAAGAUUCCAGUGCAUUUUUUUCUUUCCCAGUCACUGAUUUUAUUGCUCCUGGCUACUCCAUGGUUAUAAAAGAUCCAAUGGAUUUUAGCACAAUGAAGGAAAAGAUUAGGAAUAAUGAAUAUGAAUCUAUAGAAGAACUCAAGGAAAACUUCAAGCAGGUCUGCCACAAUGCAAUGAUCUACAACAAGCCUGGGACUGUGUACCAUAAGGCUGCCAAGAAGCUGCUAAACUCUGGAAUGAAAAUUCUAAGCCAGGAGAGAAUCCAAAGUCUGAGGCAGAGCAUAGAUUUCAUGGCAGAUCUGCAACUAAGUGGAAAUGAAAAAGAUAAGGGAGAUUCGCAGCUGACCCUAGAUGGGAUGAGCAACCUCAAUGAAGAAUCCAUGGAUACCCUUGAUAUAUCUGCUUUCAAAAGCCCAAUCAAGGACCUGAAAAGAAAAGAAAAAGAUUUGCUUGAGGAGAAGCAGAAACAGAAUGAACUUGCAGCUGAGCAGGAGCAAAUUGACCAAAUUAUUAGACAGUCACUUGGCAAACUGUCAAAAAGAGUGGUAAACAGUCAGUUGGAGUUUGAAAGAAGGAAGACUGAUGGUACCACCACACUGAGCCUGCUCAAUCCUGCAGAUACAAUUCCCGCGGAGGGAAAUCAAACACAAACAUUUCUGGGGUCCACAGUGGGUCGGCUGCAGUCUGGUGUAAAUUCAUUGCAAGGAUUUAAAGAAGACAAACGUAACAAGGUUACUCCUGUUUUAUACUUGAAUUAUGGACCAUUCUCCUCCUACGCUCCUUCUUAUGACUCAACGUUUGCAAACGUCGGCAAAGAAGACUCUGACUUAAUCUAUAUGACUUACGGAGAAGAGCCCAACCUUCAGGGAUCAUUUAGCAUACAGGACUUCUUAGAGAGUGCCCAAGACCCUCCGUAUGGCAUGGCAGACUGCAUUCUUGAUGCUUUCACUGAUGGGGAAUAUUCAAGAGCUCAGAGAGAUCUAAACAUGGUGGCAGAAGUUGAGAGUUCAGGGAAAACAGACUCUGCAUCCACAACUGACCAGUUUGCUGCUUUGAGUUCUGUUCUUGGCCUGGGAAUAUUUGAAGAGACAUUUAACUCAGAAGAAGCGGAACAAUUCCAGAAAAAACUGGAUGAAACUACAAAGCUUUUGCGGGAGCUGCAGGAGGUCCAGAAUGAACGCUUAAGUACCAAACCCCCUCCUAACAUGGUUUGCCUGCUUGCUCCAUCUGCCAAGGAAUUCCAUAUUGCUGAGAAGGUGAACGAGAACUUGAAGAAUUUAGCUCAGAAAGUGCAGCCAGGUGACAUAGUGAGCAUUCCAGGUCUCAGGAAGGCUAUGGGGAUCUCGCUCCCUUUUAUGGAAGCAGACGAAUCAGUGGUAAAUUUAACCGCAGAUACGCAAGAAAAUCAGUCAUUAAAUUCCACAAGAGACACUACUGUGGUGGGAACAUAGAAGAAACUUGCCCCCAAAAGACCUUGUAUAUUUGUUUGCAGCUAAACCAUUGUUAAAAUAAAUGCAUUUUUUUUAUUAA